CUCAACUCUCUCCCUCGCCAAAAUCGCCUUCGCCGCACCCACCCGAUCCCGUCGGCCCGUCGUCCUCAAGUGGUUUUUCGGCGAUCUGCUCCACGCUCGCCCUCAAGCAGUCAAGUUGUCCAACUCAAGGCUCGGGAACUGCUCCACCCUCGCUCUCGUUCACGGCCAGAGAUCUACUCCACGCCUCCACCCUCGCCUCGUUCACGGCCUGAGAUCUGCUCCACUCUCGCUCUCAACUCAAGCUUGACGAAGAUCUGCUUCUUCCUCCUUAGUUCCUUACAUCUUGAAGCCUGGGACGCUGCUUCAGUAAGGACCACACGGAUACCGCCAUUAGUUGUAAGUAUGUCAACUACCCCGUCAUCUCCAUUCGAAGGUUCAUCUACAAGUCCGAUCCCGAUGGAUAAUUUAAUUGAUGAUAUGGAUGCUGCUGCGAUUGAAAAUGAAGAUACUUUUCCCCAAGAAGGCCAAGAAGAAGAAGCCGUCCACGAGAAAAAAAGUGCAGAUGCUCCAUUCCAAAGAAAAAAACAGAAGAAAACUGCUAAAUGCUGGAAAGAGAUGACAACUUAUGCCGACAUAAAAGGUGUUCAGAUUGCCGAGUGCAACUACUGCAAUGAAAAGCUACGAGUGAACAAGACCAGCACCACAACUCAGUUUAACAGACAUCUGAAUUCCUGUUUGCAAAGAAAAAUUAAGCUCGGCCAAAAUCCUAAUUUGAAGCAACAGGUUCUAGCGUUUUCACAGUCUGAGGAAGGUAGUUCACUUAAUAAUUUUGUGUAUGAUCAUGCUAGAGUUCAGGAACUUGCUGCACACAUGCUUUUACGAAACGUGAAUAAGAGAACUAGACCUGAUAAUAUUCAAGUUGGUAAUAGCAGCAAUGAAGUAAUUGGGAGAACUGUUGUUACUGGGAAGAUCCUGAAGAAGAUCUUCAUUUUGAAGAAGUUGAUUUGCUUUAAGACGUGCUCCAUAUUGUUGCUGCCAGUGCCAGGAAUUCCGGGAAAUGAGAUGAUGAGCCGACGGAUUUUUGAGCUCGAGCCGAGCUUUAACGAGUAUAAUCUCAUCAAACGAGUCGAGCUCGAGCUCGAGCUCGAGCUCAAAUGUAUAGGUAACAAGCCGAACCGAGCUUCACAUGCAGCUCGU